AAUAGUCUGAACGUAUGAACAGUCGGUCUUCAGCAUUUAUAUGGCAGGGGAACCCCGGUGAGGGUCGGCUAUGCGUAUCUUCUUUCCAAGCCCCUGUUGGUGCUGCCUCAGGUCUCUGGCCCAUUUCUCUCCCCGCCUGUCGAAUUGCUAGGUUCUCUCAGUAGAGCUGUGCCAGGCAAUCGGGGCCGGAUUAAGUCGAGCCGAGGCCUCCAGAGGCGUCGGAUUCAAGAGUCCCCGUUGCCUUCUGAGGCAUGGGGGUAAGGCUGAACAUGCUUGAAUACGGGAUUGCUCUAGAGCAACGCCUGGAAGGCAAUGCUGGGCGAACGGUUGGAUUUGGCAUUAUAGAAUAAGACGUGCCGUAGAGGAGCGCGGGUUUUAACCGGGGAAGGGCGACCCUGAUCAGAAGACCGCGGGGGAAGGAGCCAGGCGUGAAAGUUGCGCAAGAAGGUAUGUUUCUGACAUUAGCACUACUUCGAAAUAGGAUUCCUGGGAAUCAAUGGAUUGGUAAACACAGACGGCCAAGAUUCGUUACUAAUCUAAUGAAGCGUAAUAUGAUUCAGAGGCUGGAAAUUGAAGCCGAAAAUGAAUAUUGGCUGAGUCGUCCUUAUAUGACAAAAGAACAGGAGUAUAAACACAAUACUGAACGUCGGCGUGCACAUUUUGAAGCGGUUGCAGCAGCAAAAUCUAAGUUUCCUGAACACAAGUUUGCUUCAGAACAUCUGGGUCAUCUGAAUGUGACCAAGAAAUGGGAAAGCUCUUGAAAUACAUAUGCUGGCACUCAUUUGGAUUCCUUGAAUUUGUUGACAGUGACAAGCUGAAGUUUGACCUGUAAAUAAAUGUGAUUAGUAUAACUUUCA